GGUAUCUUUUUAGAGGCAAAAUUCCUUUCUUAUAUUUAAAUUUAAAAAAAAUGGAAUUUGAUAUGAAAUUUAAGCAAUAAAUAAUUUUAAGUUGCAAUUCAAAGGACAAGGCUUUGAUGACGACACACUUUGCGAAUAAUACUAUUGCUAUUAGAGAAUGCUAAAAGUUGUUUUUGGCGGUAUGGGCGGUAUGUUUUGAUUUGGAAGCUUAUCUGUUUUGGAAUUUGUGAGCGCUCAAAAAGCAGGUGAAAUGGAACUUCAACCCAUUCAACAAGAAAUAACAGAUGUGUCUCAGGAAGGAGCGUUUCAGUCGUACUUCAACAAACUACCGGAGAAGCCGGCCACCACGAUCCGCGUGUUUGACCGCGGCGCCUUCUACACGGUGCACGGCGCAGACGCCCAGGUGGCCGCCCAGCGCGUCUUCAAGACCACCUCGGUCAUCCGACAGUUCCGCGAGGGCGAGAAAACACUGGAUUACGUGACGCUGAGCAAGCUCAACUUUGAGAACUUCGUCAAGGAGCUGCUACUGGUGCUGCGGUAUCGAGUGGAGGUGUAUGGCUGUGUGGGCACCGCCAGCCGAAACAGCGCCGACUGGAGACUGGAGGCCCAGGCCUCACCGGGGAACCUGGCCCAGUUUGAAGAGCUGCUGUUUGGCUCGUCUGGUGUACAGGAGAGUGGCGGAGUGCUGGCGAUCAAAACGACUCAGCAGGAUAACUCGACGGUGGUGGGCGCCGCUUUCGGAGACGGCUGUGUGCGCCGACUGCAGGUGGCCGAGUUUGUUGACAGCGGCUUCCUGCCCAACCUGGAGACGCUGGUCGUCCAACUGGCGCCCACCGAGUGUCUGGUGGCUGCCGGCGACCCAGCCGCCAGCGCCAUCGGACAGGUGAUGCAGCGGGCCGGGGUGCUGGUCACCGAGGUUCCGCGCGGUGACUUCUCGGCUCCGGACGCACUCCGCGACCUGAGCCGUCUGCUGCGCUUCACAGGCGGCACGCAGCCGGACGCCUCCCUGCUGCCCGAGGCGGGCCGAACCCACGCCAUGGCCGCCACCGCAGCGCUCAUCAAAUACCUGCGGCUAAUGUCGGACGAGGGAAGCAUGGCACAGUUCAGUCUCAGCACGUUUGACCUGCGGCAGUACAUGCGUCUGGACACAGCCGCCAUCGAGGCAUUCAACCUGCUGCCGACCCCACAGGACAGCUCGCCGACUCACAGCCUGCUGGGCCUCCUGGACCAGUGCCGGACCUCGCAGGGCUCGCGUCUGCUAUCCCAGUGGAUCAAACAGCCGCUGGUCGACCACCGGCAGAUCGAGGAGCGCCUGGACCUGGUGGAAAUGUUCACCGAAGACACGGAGCUGCGGCAGGCUCUGCGGGACGACCACCUGCGCCGCCUGCCCGACCUGCAGCGGCUCGUGCGACGUCUGCAGCGCGGCAAGGCUGGACUGCAGGACUGCUGCAGGGUGUACCAGGCGGUGAGGAGUAUGCCGGCCCUGCUGGAGCGACUCGAGGCGUACUGUGGACCUCACUCAGCUGUGGUGAAGGCCACUUUCGUGGAACCGCUGCGCACGACCCACCAGGAGUUCGCCAAGUUCGUGGAGAUGGUGGAGACCACGGUAGACCUGGACAGGACUGACGACGGCGACUACGUGGUGCGCCCAGAGUUCGACGACGAGCUGCAGGAGCUGCGUCAGAAACUGAACGAGCUGGAGGUUCUGGUGGAGAAACAGUUGCGCCGGGUCGCCGGGGAUCUCGGCCUCGAGCCCCACAAAGGCAUCAAGCUCGAAUCGACGCCGCAGACCGGAUUCUUCUUCCGAGUCCUGAAGAAGGAUGAGAAGUUGCUGCGAAACAACAAGCUCUAUCACACCGUCGAGACGAACAAGAACGGAGUCAAGUUUCGCUCUGGUCCGCUGGAGAACGCCAGUGAUGAGUACCUCCGGGCGCGCGCGGCGUAUGGGGAGCAGCAGCGCACCGUCAUUCAGGAGAUCGUCAAAAUCGCCGCGGGUUACACCGAGCCGAUGCUGUCGCUGGGCUCUCUGACUGCCCAGCUGGACGUGCUGUCGGCGCUGGCGGUGGCCGGUCUCUCGGCUCCCACCCCGUACGUCCGGCCCCGCCUGGUGCCCGCCGACCAGCCGGCCGCCACGCGUUUCGUCCAGCUGCGACACCCCUGCGUGGAGAUGCAGGAUGGCAUUGCUUACAUUCCAAACAACGUGGAGUUCGAAAGAGGCGUGUCGACCUUCAAGGUGAUCACGGGUCCGAACAUGGGCGGAAAGUCCACCUACAUCCGCUCGGUGGCAGUGGCAGUGGUGAUGGCCCAGAUCGGCUCCUUCGUACCGUGCGAGGCUGCCCAGCUGCGGCCCGUGGACGCUCUGAUGGCGCGAGUCGGCGCCGGCGACUGCCAGGCCAGGGGUGUCUCCACGUUCAUGGCCGAGAUGCUCGAAACGGCUGCGAUCCUCAGGGCAGCUACCAAGGACUCGUUGGUUGUAAUCGAUGAGUUGGGCCGCGGCACCUCAACCUAUGACGGCUUCGGACUGGCCUGGGCCAUCUCAGAGUACAUCGCUAACGAGUUGGGCGCCUACACACUGUUCGCCACGCACUUCCACGAGCUGGCGGCGCUGGCCGAGCAGCUGCCGGCGGCCAGCAACCUGCACGUGACGGCGCUGACGAGCGGCGGCCGGCUCACCUUCCUCUACGACGUCCAGCCGGGAGUCUGCGACAAGAGCUUCGGCAUCCACGUGGCCGAGCUGGCCCACUUCCCCGAGUCCGUCCUGCAGGAAUCGCGGCGUCGAGCGGCCGAGCUGGAGGACUGCUACUGUGACCGACCGACCAAAUUCUCCCGCACCGAGUCCAGCCAGACAGAGACGGGGGACGCGAUCGACUCCUUCCUGGCCAAGUACGACGCGCUGGCCGCUGGCGACCUGGAGCCGGAACAGCGCCAGAAGGCGGUCGCGCGACUCAUGGACGAGCUGCGGGGCGUUCAGGACCCGUUCGUGACGCACGUCCUCCAGCGACUCGACGCCCAUUGAGCCGACGUGCUCGAGAAGUUCGUCUGUGAAAUCACCGAUGCCAUCGCUUCAAAUGCCUUGCUGCCAUACGUUAUAAUAUAGAUUGUUUUUUAA